CAGAUUUGUGAAAGCCAACGUGAAAAGUAGCGAGGGACGGUCAUGUGAAGAGCCUGCAGCACCUGGUGACGGGGAACAUAAACGCCAGGUGAACAGAUGAGCGCCCGUGUGUCACUACCUGGAACGCCACGCUGGGAAGACUAAGGGCUGAGCGUCGGUAUCACGGCCUCCCCUUCCACCACUACUCGCACGCCCCCACCCCGCCCCGUGUCUGGCUCCCCGGGGCUGCUGGCGUCCACAGAGAAGGGAGUAGGACGCCCACUCACUGCACUGAGGAAACUCAAUAAUCUCCACCACAGGAGUCAGGAAUUCAAGAUUUGUUCCGCUUGGCCCCGUGUUUCGCCGCGGCGUGCGAGGAGCGUGCAUUAUGAACGCUUGGGCUUGUGUUCAGCGGGCGUGACACACAAUGUUUGGGAGUUUAUUGUGCUCGCAGGAGAGAAAAAGGCUUCGUGGUGAUUAAGUUGCUUCCAGGAGACUAAAGUUCAGUUGCGUUGGAUUCGCCCACGCCCCGAGGGUGGACUGCGUGCCGCUUCUCCUAAGAAUGGCCGCCCAGAUCACCGCCUUGUUCAGAAACACACCGCCGUGGGCGAGCGCCAGGUUCACUACUGUCAGUGACUGGUGACGUGUGCAAUGAAAGGUAACUCGCCCUAACGAUUAAUAAUGUCAUGCGUUUUCUCCUCCCGCUGGGAGCCACUGGCCCGCCCCGCGCGGCAUCGCACCACCUAGGCGCCACCGCGCCGCGCACCAUAACAAUGGGGACGAAGCCCACCAUUGCCGGUGCGAUCAGAGACAUUUGGUUGAACAAAAAGAGAAGGACCAACAGCUCGGCGCUUCACACCGCUGUGACGCUUCUGCCCCAGGAGGCGGUGCCCGGAGACGGCCACCACGAUGCCUUGGCGCCGCACCUGGACGGCAGCCAUACUCGGAUUUACGACAGCGGCGGCGAUCCGCUGGACUGGGUUGGCGGCGAGCUCGGCGCGGAGUGCGUUUGGUCUGAGAUGGAGGACAAUAGCACCAGCCUGGCGGAGGGCGACCUGACCUUCCAGUGCAAUGACAUGCUGGACGUGGUGUCGCCCAGCGCUCCUUGCUGGGUCACCACUCUUAGGGACUGUCUGCAGGCAGACAGAACCCCUGCAGGGGAAGCCCUGGGCUACAACACCACGCUAGCCUCAGGGGCGGGCACAACGCACGCCUGCGUUACGUGUCUGCGGGAAAAUUCAUCAAACUUCUGGGUGUUGCGGUUCAACAUGACCGAGAACGUGUUCUCCUCGCUGCUCUCCUACGGCAGCGAGCUGCUGUGCUCCCUGGGGUCCUGCUCCUCCCCUGUGUGCGACACCAUGGGCGCGCUGCCCACCACGGCCCAGCCCGCCCCACCCUCCCCUAACACCUCGCUGCCCAUCCUGCCCGUUCCCUCCCUGCCGCCCACCACCACCAUCCCGCCCCUGCAGAUCGCCCACUGCCAUCUGCCAGAGGUUGCUCAGGCCGGGAACCCAACGCCCUUCAACCUGAGUCACGGGGACGCCUUUCCCAACGCCACGGCGGCGGGCGUGGUGGGCGGCGACGGCUACGAGUACGACUUUUCCUUCCUGUUCCUGGCGAUGUUCAUCCUGGCGGGAGGCAUCGGCAACAUCCUCGUGUGUCUGGCGAUCUGCCUGGAGCGCCGCCUUCACAACGUCACCAACUACUUCCUAAUGUCCCUGGCGGUGGCUGACCUGCUGGUGUCCCUUGUGGUGAUGCCCUUCGGAGCCAUAGCGGGCUUCCUCGGAUACUGGCCGUUCGGAUUGGUGUGGUGCAACAUCUACGUGACGUGUGAUGUCCUGGCGUGCACCUCGAGUAUUAUGCAUAUGUGUACCAUCUCUUUGGGCCGCUACCUGGGCAUCCGAAACCCGCUCAAGACCAGGAGUAGCAGCAAGAAGACGGUGGGUGUGAAGGUGGUGUUGGUGUGGCUGCUGGCGAUGCUGGUCACGUCCAUGAUCACCGUGCUGGGCAUCAUCGACACCACCAACAUCAUGCCCGAGGACUACGUGUGCGCCAUCAACAACCAGACCUUCUUCAUCUUCGGCUCGCUGUGCGCCUUCUACAUUCCCAUGGUGAUAAUGGUGAUCAGCUACGCCCUCACGGUGCACCUGCUCAGGAAAAAGGCCAAAUUCGCCUGCGACGCCCCGGCAGGUAAGGCGCGCACCAUGGGCAGAUACAGGUCAGUGCGCAGGAAGCCGCAGCAGCCGCCACACUCCUUCACCUUCACGCCCCGCACCUCCUACCGCGGCACCUUCGCUAACGGCCACACCACCCACUACGAGUUCUCCAACAUCCACAAGUGCGAGCAGGCCACGCAGACGCCGGAGUCCAUCGCGCGGGAGACCAGGAACUUCAAGUUGAAGGCUCUUCGUCUACAGCUGGUGGGCACCACUUCUUGGCACCUCAGGUUCCUGCCGUCGAGGAAAAGAGACGCGCUGGCCGCCAAUGCCGUCGCAAAUGAGCAGAAGGCCUCCAAGGUCCUCGGCCUCGUGUUCUUCGCCUUCGUCAUCUGCUGGACGCCUUUCUUCAUCCUCAAUAUUUACUUCGCCGCGUGCCCAGACUGCAAGGUGUCCGACCACCUGGCCAACGUGUGCCUGUGGCUGGGCUACGUCUCCUCUACCAUCAACCCCAUCAUCUACACCAUCUUCAACCGCACCUUCAAGGCCGCCUUCAUCAAGAUCCUCAAGUGUGACUACAACUUCGACCACCGACACGUCCGCUCACACUCCAUGUCGGACAACAUGACGGGCGCGUAUGGCGGCCCCACGCCCUCCGCCGUGGCUACGCCCUGCUCCAUCCGCACGCUGUCCACCUACGUGAAGAGUCCCAGUUACCAGCACGCCCUCACCACCCACAACCAGGAGGAGGAGCACGAGUGCUGACUCCCUCACCCCGCCACUCUCCCUUCCUCACCAUCCUUCACCCUGAGCCUCGGAUACUCACCUAGACGACACUCUGAACGCACAAAGUGAUGGACGUUAACCUCCCUCGUGUCGUACUUAAGCCCCGCGCGCCUCGGCGGGGAGGGGUGGCGCGGGCCAAGGAGACAGACAGCAGCAAUGGCAGUGAUCCCUGGCGGCGGCGGUGUGCUGAGUGCAGCUCCCGUGCAGGGUAAUACUCCCUCGGUGUUUACAUGUCUUGUGAUGUCGUGCUAAUUAUUUUACCUUAAACCAGUAGCUGAGUGAAAUAGUGAUAUUAUACAUAAGCCCAAUGACACUUUCACGAUGAUCUCAAAGCGCGGGAAGGGCGGAGCGGCGCGCGUAACUGCUUGUGUGCGUGUGGGUGUGUGUCGCGACGCCGAGAUAAAAAUAAGUGUCCAGGCUAACUUGGUUGUCGCUGUGAUGAGGUUACCUGGGUAUCUGGUGCACAGGGAGCAGAGAGGAAGGUUCGUGAUUAAGUUAGUGGCGUGGGAGGCAAGGCAAGGCGAGACGAGGCGAGGCGGGCAGCGGGCGGCGUCCCGGCAAGGCUCAAGAAACAUUAAACAGGACGUACGAACUUCCUAGAAAAAAAGUCCUCCCUGUCUUACAAGAUGACAGAGAGAUAGACACAACGCUCUACCACCGCCCGUCACCACCAUUCCGCCGCCACUGCUGCUGCCGGCACCGUUGCCGCCGCCGCCGUUAGGGAACGUCUCUGAGAAACUGACGAGUCUGCAAAUUUUCCAGGGAAUCGUUUUCUACACAGGCGACUUAUUUUUCCAGCUCCUUUGAUGUCACCUCUUUGCAAGUAAACAGAAGGGAUGUUGUAGUUACAUAGACAGGAUGAACUAUUUUCUAUUAAUCUGUCUUUACCUCACGCGUGUAGCAGGAGGCGGUGGAGGAACCGCGGCUGAGUAACAAGUGAGGAGUGUGAGUGUGGGCGUCACGGACCAAACAGACACGCGGGCGGGACGCAGGAGGAGCAGAGAGGGACGUGACGCAUCAUAUCAUUCCACCGAGUGUGUGUUUACAAAGCGUGUUUUAUCCUCCCGUGUUUGUCCGUGUGUCUGGUCUCAGGUUCCCUCAACUGUCUCCCCCACCCCCAGCCUUGUGUGCCCCGUGGGGAGGCGGGGUGAUGCGGGAGGUAUGCACUGUGCUGACUGUAUUCUGGAACACCUCAGCGCUGUACCACGACUUCUUUCAACAGGCUGUAGCUCAAAUUACACUGAUUUUUUAAGGUGUGUUUUGCGGUUCAGUGAGAGAUUGAGAAGAUAUCCACGUGACUAACAGGAGAAACACUCUUGAUAAUCCAGCGAAGCAUUUCGUUGGCCUUAGAAAGUAGUCGUGGUGUGAGACUAAGGCCCAUAGUCUGAAACACUUCCUUGUCGCACCUUCGCUAUUUUCAAAAGGAUCUAGUUGAGGUGACAAAGGCUUUUAACAGUGUUUCUGUAAUUAUAAUGACAUGUUAACAAGUUUUCUACAUUACCAACAGGACAAAUACUCUUUAACACUCGGCUAAUCGUCUCUGUAGUGUUUGAAAAUGGUCGCAGUGAGAGAGGAAAGCGUUUCUGAAUAUGGCGCUAACUGUUUCAGAAUACAGGGUUGAAGCGGGUGUGUAUCCGUCACUUGCCUGAAUCACUGUCCCUCACGCCCCCCCCCAAUCCCCAACCCACAGGGAUUUUUUUUCUCCCCCCCACCUUCUGAAGAGCCACCAGCUGUGUGAAGUCUAAUUAAGUCUUGUAAAUUAUGUAAAUGACGAGAGAAAACUUUAAAGAACUCAUUUAUGUGUGAGUGUCAGCAUCUCCGCGGCUCGCCUCGUUGUAAAUUAUUCACGUCACUAUUUUAAGCGAGGCGAGUCAAAUCAGUGUUUAUUGAAUCGGGUUCAAUCUCCUUCAGUAAUCUCGCGAGCUGCUCUGUUUGUUUGUAAUGUUACUAAUCGUAGUGGUUGUAGUGAAUGGUCAUAUCGUGGUUAGGGAAGCAACACAUUCAAUCAAACACUUGCUAUACAGACUAUCUGUCUUUUUUCACCUGUGUAUCAUAAGUGCUACCGUGUACCUCUCCACUAGAAACCCGAGUUGUGAGUCUGACUAGAAUGAAAAUUUGUAUCGAAACGUCAAUUUUCACAUUUGUUUCUCUCAUCACUUUUUCUCCUUUUCUCUUCUCUAUUUCUUCCUUUCUCUCUAACUAGUACACAGAGUCUUCUACUUUUAAUCUUCUUACUUAUCUUUUUUGCUGUUUAUCCUCAUCUUAUUUACUUAAUCCACUGUCAUUCACUCUCACUUUUCUCCAUUUCUCUUCUCUGUUUCUUCCUUAUACAUAGAGUCUUCUUCUUUUGAUCUUCUUCCUUAUCUUUUUAACUGUUUAUUCUAACAUUAUUUACUUAAUCCACUGUCAUUCACUCUCACUUUUCUCCUUUUCCUUUCUUUAUUUCUUCCUUUCUCUUUAACUUAUACAUAGUGUCUUUUAUAAUCUCUUUUUCUCCUUAAAUAUUGUCUCUUAUUUAACUACAUAUCUUUUCAUUAUCUCUCAAACUUAUAUGAUCUCUUUUCUUUUCCCAAUUACAACCUUCUUUUCUUUAUAUAUUUUUCAUUUUCUACUUUUUCUCUAAAUCUGUAUCACCUUUUCAGAUAUAAAUUCAUCUAUUUUUAAUCCGCUUCCUUGUAUAACCUCCUUCUCCAUAUUUAUUUUUCAUUUUCUUCCUUAUCUCUAAAUCUUAAUCACCAUUUCCGAUAUAAUCCUGUUCCUUAUCAUUUCUGCUCUCUAUCCUAACUUUAUUUACCAUAUUCACUGUCUUUCAUCUUGUCACUUUCUUUAUCUCUUUUUAUUAAUAUCAUAUCUUCUUCCUACAUUUCAUCCUCUUCCUUUUAUCUUUUCCAUCCUUUAUCUUGACUUUCCAAUUCUCUUUAUCUCUUCUAUCUCCUUUAUGUUUUCCCUUUAUCCAUUCUAUCUUUCUCGUAUUUUUGGAAUAUUCUCCCAAAGCUCUUUUUAUUUUCUCGUCCCUCUCCCUCCCUCUUCUGUCUUUCCUCUUCUCUCCCUUCCCUAUUGUUUUCCCUUCCCCUCCUCCUCCUCCUCCUCCUCCUCCUCCUCCUCCUCCUCCAAACAGUUCCCUCCCUUUCCUCCCAACUUGUAUCACUCU